AUGUAUCUCCGAAGGGCUGUGUCUAAGACUCUGGCGCUGCCCCGGAGGGCGCCCUCCGGACCUGUGCCACUGGGGAAAGACGCAUCUCUUCGCCAAAUGUCAUCCAGAAAGCUCCCUGGAACGUCUGGAUCCAAUAUGAUUUAUUACCUGGUUGUAGGUGUGACCGUUAGUGCUGGUGGAUAUUAUACUUACAAGGCUGUCACAUCAAAGCAAGCCAGACAUACAGACCGCAUAAGGGACGUGAAAGAACAAAAAAAAGCAGAGUCACAGCCACUUCCAGGUGGAAAGGAGAAUGUGGCAGAAGCUGGGGCCGGAGAAAUUUCUGUAAAGGAAACUGAAUUGGUGCAUGCCGAGGAAGUGCCCAAGGCUGCAGCAGGGCCUCCAGAAGGGUCUCCGACCUCCCCAGUCCCUUCAGAGGCUGCUCUAGAGGAGACAUCCACACUGAGAGAGGAGACUGAUCUGAAGAUCACCGAGGCUUCUCCGGGGGAGACCACGGAGGGAGUCCCUGAACCCACAGCGGAGGUGGAGAGCGCGGCUCCUGAACCCACAGAAGAGGUGGAGAUUGCGGCUCCUGAAUCCUCUGCAGAGGGGGAGAGCGCGGCUCCUGAAUCCUCUGCAGAGGGGGAGAGCGCGGCUCCUGAAUCCACGGAAGAGGUGGAGAGCGCGGCUCCUGAACCCACAGCGGAGGUGGAGAGCGCGGCUCCUGAACCCACAGCGGAGGUGGAGAGCGCAGCUGCGGACCAGGCGGACGGGGCUUGUACCAGCGAGGAGGGUGAGGGUACUGCUGGGAACCCGAGCUGCCAGGAGGGUCCUGAACUAGAAGAAAGCCCUCCCUUAGGCUCAGAGCCCUCUGCCCAGCAGGAUUCACAAGAAGAAACCACCGAGGUCUCCGCAGAAGGAGCCUCACCCCAAGGCUAAUCUGCAAAACUCCAGAGUUGCUUUUGUAUUUUUAGCAACCUUAGACCUUCUUUCUAGAAUUUAAUAUACCUUAAAGAAUUUGGCUUUUACUAAUAGAUGUUUGAUUGGGAUUUGGUAUUUCAUAUGUCUUAAUAGUUUUCUACCCUCUGAGAUCAGGCUGUGUCAUGAGAGCUUAAAUAGUAUUAACUUUGGAUUUACAUUUUACGUUUUAGAAAUUAAG